GACACACAGACAGACGGAUAGACAGCGAGAGGAAGAGUUGUGUGAAUGGACAAGGGACAGAGAGGGAGAAGGGCCUCGGGGACCUAACUAAAUCCAAAAAAAAAACAACAACAGCCAGUCCUGCUGAAGGAUUAGCGCCCUGUUCAUGCUAACAUGUCCCUGCCCUUUGUGAUGACGUUGCCCCUGCUGAUUGUCUUGGCAGCGGGGGUGUACUACAUCUACAAUGAGGUCAUCCAGUUCAUGUCCGCAUCCUUAGUGCGAAAUAAGGUGGUGGUGAUCACUGAUGCUGUGUCCGGAGUGGGAACUGAGUGUGCCCAUCUCUUCCAUAAGGGUGGUGCCAGACUGAUCCUGUGUGGGACGAGCUGGGAUAAGUUGGAGUCUCUAUAUGACUCUCUGACUAGUGACACCGACUGCAGAGAGACGUUUCCCCCAAAGCUGGUAAUUCUGGACUUCAGUGAUAUGGACAGCAUGGAGGACGUGGUGGCAGAGGUAGUGGAGUGUUAUGGCUGUGUGGACGUGUUGAUCUGUAACAGCAGCAUGAAGCUGAAAGCCCCGGUGCAGAGUGUCUCCCUGGAAGUGGACAGAAACAUCAUGGACAUUAACUACUUUGGCCCUAGCACUCUGGCCAGAGGUGUUCUUCCAACAAUGAUGUCCAGAAGAUCGGGACACAUUGUGCUGGUCAACAGUAUCCAGGGAAGACUGGCUGUCCCAUUCAGAAGUUCAUAUGCUGCAUCUAAGCAUGCCGCACAGGCCUUUUUCGAUUGCCUGCGGACUGAAGUGGAGGAGUAUGGGAUAGUUGUCAGCACCAUCAGUCAUACCUUCAUUAACACCUCCGACGUGCCGCCUGUGGAGGAGCCUUCCCCUGAACCAAACAUCGUGGCUGCAUAUAUCGCCAGCCAGUUGACCCAGGGUGUGCGCCCAUCAGUCCUGGCCAAUGAGAUUAUGCAAACGGUAAACAGGAAGAGGAAGGAGGUUGUGCUGGCCCACCCCAUCCCCAGGGUGGCCCUCUACCUCCGCUCCCUUUUCCCCUCCUUCCUCUUUGCUGUGCUGGCUGCUGGGGUGAAGGACUCAGUCCUGACUGAUUAAAUGCAAUAAGAGAAAAUCUGAGGUGGAAUGACAAGAAGAUGUGAAAUUAAGAAAGGAUGUUUUUGGAAAUGAUGGAUAUAUGUAAUGUAUGCAUACAUAUCCCUUGAGCCGGGCUCAGACUACAGGAGUAGUGUCUCUUUAUCUGCGAGAUGCAACUCAAUGUCAAAAUAGGUUAGGAUUUUAAAACCACUGUAGUGUGAGCCCGAGGCUUCUUGAUGAGGCUUAUAGUUUUAAGCCUCAUCAUUUUACAUUUACUCUCUGUAAUGACCUCUUAAUAGUUUUUGUUGUUAGCAGCGGAGUUCGCCAUUCCCAUGCUGCAUUCAAAUUGCCUUCACAGCACAAAGGAUUCACCUAAAACAACGCAUGAAUGUAAUCCGGCAGUACUGUUUGUACUUUUAUUUCCUUUAUAGCCCCAUUGUUUACUUUUAGCUCCUCCUACCAUUGUAUGGCAAAUCAAAUAAAUGUAAUAAAUAUUCACCUUG